UCCGACGGACCCUGAACGCAUCCUUGUUCUGAUCUUUGUGAGGAGCAGCGAAACGAUCGCAGUUAGCAACGGCCAGCAGGAGCUCCGUUCGGCGGAACACAGCGGAGGAUACCGAGCCUGGACGCGAUUAAAACACCUUUCCAGCGAUUACACGAUCCCCACAACGAACUAAGAAUGGUCCCCUGGUGAAGACGGCACCACCCAGGGGUGUGGAGUGGGACUGCAUCUUCUCACAGCCAACAGCCUCCUGAAGCUCUUCUGCUGUUGCCAGAUGGACCUGGACCUGUAGGGCAGCAGCGAGUCAGGACUGAAAUCAGCCGAGGAGCGGAGCGGCGCGGCGCGGGAGCAGGAAGGGCAGAGGAGAGGACGAGGGGCUCCACCAUGUCGUCCAACAGGGGACAGAACCCUCAUGGACUGAAACAGAUCGGUCUGGACCAGAUCUGGGAUGACCUGCGGGCUGGAAUCCAGCAGGUGUACACGCGGCAGAGCAUGGCCAAGGCCCGCUACAUGGAGCUCUACACACAUGUAUAUAACUAUUGCACCAGCGUCCACCAGUCCAGCCAGGUCAGAGGCCCCUUGGCUCCAGCCAAGCCCUCCAAGAAGUCCACCACCCCGGGAGGGGCUCAGUUUGUGGGGCUGGAGCUCUACAAGCGACUCAAAGAGUUCCUGAAGAACUACCUGACCAGCCUGCUGAAGGAUGGCGAGGACCUGAUGGACGAGUGUGUGCUGAAGUUCUACACCCAGCAGUGGGAGGACUACCGCUUCUCCAGUAAGGUCCUAAACGGGAUCUGCGCCUACCUCAACCGCCACUGGGUCCGACGGGAGUGUGACGAGGGCCGCAAGGGCAUCUACGAGAUCUACUCGCUGGCUCUGGUCACGUGGAGGGAGUGUUUAUUCCGACCGCUCAACAAACAGGUAACAAACGCCGUUCUGAAGCUGAUCGAGCGCGAGCGGAACGGAGAGACCAUCAACACCCGACUGAUCAGCGGAGUCGUCCAGUCCUACGUGGAGUUGGGUCUGAACGAGGAGGACGCCUUCGCCAAAGGUCCCACGCUCUCCGUCUACAAGGAAUACUUUGAGUGUCAGUUCCUCACCGACACGGAGCGCUUCUACACCCGGGAGAGCACCGAGUUCCUGCAGCAGAACCCGGUCACCGAGUACAUGAAGAAGGCAGAGGCCCGUCUCCUGGAGGAGCAGCGCCGCGUUCAGGUCUACCUCCACGAGUCCACGCAGGACGAGCUGGCCCGGAAGUGCGAGCAGGUCCUCAUCGAGAAGCACCUGGAGAUCUUCCACACGGAGUUCCAGAACCUGCUGGAUGCCGACAAGAACGAAGAUCUGGGUCGGAUGUACAACCUGGUGUCGCGGAUCACCGACGGUCUCGGAGAACUGAAGAAACUUCUGGAGACUCACAUCCACAACCAGGGCCUGGCCGCCAUCGAGAAGUGUGGAGAGGCUGCGCUCAACGACCCAAAAGUUUAUGUCCAGACGACCCUGGAUGUCCAUAAGAAGUACAACGCCCUCGUCAUGUCCGCCUUCAACAAUGAUGCUGGCUUUGUGGCGGCCCUCGAUAAGGCGUGCGGUCGCUUCAUCAACAACAAUGCCGUCACCAGGAUGGCCCAGUCCUCCAGCAAGUCCCCAGAGCUGCUGGCCCGGUACUGCGACUCUCUGCUGAAGAAGAGCUCCAAAAACCCAGAGGAGGCAGAACUGGAGGACACGCUCAACCAAGUGAUGGUUGUGUUCAAGUACAUCGAAGACAAAGAUGUUUUCCAGAAGUUCUACGCUAAGAUGUUGGCCAAGCGUCUGGUCCACCAGAACAGCGCCAGCGACGACGCCGAGGCCAGCAUGAUCUCCAAGCUUAAGCAAGCGUGCGGCUUCGAGUACACGUCCAAGCUGCAGCGCAUGUUCCAGGACAUCGGAGUCAGCAAAGACCUGAACGAGCAGUUUAAGAAACACCUCAGCAACUCGGAGCCUCUGGACUUGGACUUCAGCAUCCAGGUUCUGAGUUCUGGAUCGUGGCCGUUCCAGCAGUCGUGCACCUUCGCCCUUCCGUCGGAGCUGGAGCGAAGCUACCAGCGCUUCACCGCGUUUUACGCCAGCCGGCACAGCGGCAGGAAGCUCACCUGGCUGUAUCACCUGUCCAAAGGAGAGCUGGUCACCAACUGCUUCAAGAACAGGUACACGCUGCAGGCCUCCACCUUCCAGAUGGCCAUCCUGCUGCAGUACAACACGGAGGACAGCUACACGGUGCAGCAGCUGACCGACAGCACGCAGAUCAAAACCGAUAUUCUGGUUCAGGUGCUGCAGAUCCUGCUGAAGUCAAAGCUGCUGGUUCUGGAGGACGAGAACGCCAACGUGGACGAGGUGGACUUCAAACCGGACACGGUCAUCAAACUCUUCCUAGGAUACAAGAAUAAGAAGCUGAGGGUGAACAUCAACGUCCCGAUGAAGACGGAGCAGAAACAAGAGCAGGAGACCACCCACAAGAACAUCGAGGAGGACAGGAAGCUCCUCAUCCAGGCUGCCAUUGUGAGGAUCAUGAAGAUGAGGAAGGUCCUGAAGCAUCAGCAGCUGCUGGCUGAAGUUCUGAACCAGCUGUCAUCCCGAUUCAAACCCAGAGUUCCCGUCAUUAAGAAAUGCAUCGACAUCCUGAUAGAGAAGGAGUACCUGGAGCGGGUGGAUGGCGAGAAGGACACCUACAGCUACCUGGCCUGAACGUCCCGCCCACGUCCCGCCUGUUUUAUUUGUUUGUAACUUUUUUUAAUUUCAUGUCCGAGUAACAAAGUGUGGAUCCUUCUGAGCGGCGACCAUGUGACCAACGAGAGGGGUAGGAGAACCCCGUCUACACUCGCCCCCCCCACGCCGUCAUGUUGUAAAUAUCCGACUGUAAGAGGAACACGACCUCUCCGCUUAGGUAAACGUUAACGAAUUAGUCAGGAGCGCCGCAUCCAAAGGUUUCUGCAUGCUACUGCCUUCCUGCGCUGCCGCGAUCAGAUCGAAGCGUACAAACGACCGGGACGUGUCUGGACCGCAGGACUGAGCCCGGUUCAGAACCACUUCUGUAUCUGCUCCAGUCGUUCUGGUUGGAGGUCGGGAUCGUGCAGCAGGAUGGAUCCAUUACUGAACGGUGGACAUUUGUAUAGUGUGGUUCAUUUUCUAAAUGUGUGAUAAAUAAAGUCAAGGAAAGAUUUCUCUAAA